AUGUCUAUUGUGGCCUCAGAAACCAGAGAACUGAAAGGACAGUCUGCCCCUACACCCCACUACGAAGAUGCGGCAGAUGACACUGAAGGGACCAGAGCACCUACCACCGAGGCCAGAUCACACUCCACCGAAGAGCAACAACGCAGCGGUCCAGGUCCAGCCCUCAGGUUCCGUCGCAACGUCGACCAAUCCUGCAGCCUCCAAUCGAUCCUGAUCCAGGUCCGGGACCUCGGCCUGGGCUACGACUCUGACGAGACCAUACUCUUCAAGUACUGCGCCGGCAGCUGCCCAAUGAUGCGCUCCAACCACGACCUCACGCUGGCUAACCUGCUCCAGGGCGGGUACCUGCCAGCGGCGGACCUGCCCGCGGGACAGGUGUGGCAGAGCAUGCCCUGCUGCCGGCCCACGCACCACGAGGACAAGGUGUUCCUGGACAACGCCCACCGCUGGCACAAGGUGGAGAAGCUGUCGGCGGCAGGGUGCGCUUGCGUGGGAUAG